UGCAGGCUUUGAAUUAAUAUCGCAAAUGAGUACAGUAUAUUACAGUAUCUCUCUAAUUGGCUAGAUAUCACAGCCAAAAUUGAUACUACCUUCUGAAAGUGUUAAAUGAUGAGCAUGCAGAUAUUGAUUGCUUAAUCUUGACAUCGGUGACAGUAUAUCACCCGCUUCAUCACUAACAUCAUUCCGAGUACACAUUUGCUUAGGCUGUGAAACGUGGACUUUCAAGAGUUUCUGUUCUCCAGUCAAAUUAUUUUACUGUACCUGUUUUCUUUCUGUGCACUUGAUUUGUGGUGAUAACUUUAUAUCAGUUGACCAUAUAUUAUUAAAAUAAUGGAGAUUGUUAAAUUUAAAUGAAAUCACCUUGUGACUUUGCAGACCCACCCACUAUGCCAUGCACUGGUUGGCCUUGAGCAAUAAGACACAAACAGGCCUAAGUAUUUGUGGAGCUUCUACUUCAAUGCAUGUAGUAAUGGGAAAGUGGGGAUGAGGGUUUCUGCUUUAGCGUUAAAAGUGGAAUUAAGUUGAAUAUAAAAUAAAACUGGGCCCCUGGGCCUUGAUGAAUCUAGAACCCUGGGCUUCGAUGAAUCUUGGGCCCUGAGUUGGUGAUGUACCACCACUUUAAGUUCAACUGGAAGGCAACACAAACACCAAGCAGCUGAUAGGUACUGUACUUCCAAGUGACUGAAUAGAAUCGACAAAAAAGAUAGAUAUACUACUGCAGUAUGCAGAUGUUGAAUUAACCAAGUGAAAUUACAGCCAAAUAUUGAGCACUUCCGAAGAAUGGCAAACAUAUGGUAACUGUACAACCCAAUUCAUUAUAGACCUAAUAUCCAAAGCCCAUUCCGUACUAUGCAAUGGAAGCCCCCAAAAUUAAAAAGAUGAGGCUUUGACCAGUCUAGGCCCAAAAUUUCCUUCAUUCCAUCAAAACAAGUUAAUGCCCAGAUGGAAAAGCAACGUUUGUAGGUUAACCGGACAGUCACUUGUUUCACACAGCAUUUCACGCUAAUUGUGUUGGAGUCAGACUUAUUAGUUGGGCUCCACUGACCUAGAGAAAAGAUUGACUGACUAAUAAUACAGCAAAGAGCUCAUUUAUAUCUGUCAUCUCUUAUGAGGGAGCUAUUUCCUAAUGACACGGGCAACAAGCUACCAUAAACAAUUUGAGAUUUGCACCAUCUAAAAUUCAACAUAGUGCCUUAGUUACCGUGCCUCUUGAAACUUCCUAGGAGAGACUGAAGAUUAUGCUUAGAGCCACAACUUUCUGUAUACAGUAUCACUCAGAACCCAACAAUGAACACUGCCCCUCACCAGGACCAAGUAAAGCUUUGUUAUGUUGUCAGUGAUCACUAAUCUUGAGCUUAUGGAUAAACCAUGACUAGCCAAUUAAUGAGUGCUGUGUAUUCUAGAUCUAGAAUACGUUUCAGUGUAUUUCACUGCUUUGAUCAGUUAAAUUUUUAGCUUAUGACUUUUCGAGAAUAUACGAACUUGAGUUAAUCGUUUAAAGUAUCAUGUUACUUUAUAUUUAUUGACUGAAAAUUGUGUUACUAAAUCAGUUUCAUUAACAAACUUUUGGAAAGCCUGGAUGACACGUUAAUUAAAAUUGUAUUUAAUUAUUGUCCAAAAUAAUGAAUCAAAUAAUUUUAAAAUUUUACUACCUAUCUUGUUAGGCAGUAAACAAAUGAAUAAUGAUAUAGAUAUCUAUCAAAUGAAUAAGGUAUCUAUGUUAUCUUGCAUUAGUCAUUUGUUAGUUUCUAGGUGUAUAUCUUCCAUUCAUAAUCACUUGUAGUGAAAAGCAGUUUCCAUAAUCUUGGAGAGAGUUCAGGUACAGUAAUCAGUAAUGGAUGAUAAGUAGAUAACAAUUCUGAUAAGGUAAUAGAUAUGAAGGAAACCAGUUUAACUGAGUUGGACUUGAUUAAGCAAGGUGUAAGCUAGCAGCUGAGAGAUGUAGUGCUCACAGAAAGGAAAUAGAGGCACUUCAGAAAUACUGUAUAUAUAUACACAAUAAAGGAAACUAUUUGACUUGAAAAGUGAGGAAUUACAGUGGAGUAAGGUGUGGAAAUAAGAGGCAUAAAGAUUUUUGUUCAGUGCUAUUUAUAUGGAAAAGUGAAAGUGCCAUAAAUAGCAAUACAGUCCCUGUAUAUUGUAAAACAGCAAAGGAAUGAAAUUACAAGGGUAUAAAUAAACGUAAUUUGUCCAGUUUGAUAUUUCAGCGUAACUCAUACAUAUAGACAGUUACGAUGGAUUCGGAUGAGAAGGGAUUAAAUUCGGGUCAUCAUUGCCUGGCAUGAUGGGCGCCCCGCAGACGAGCCUGGACUGUCCGGUGUGUCUGGAGGAAUACGACGAAGGUCAGAAGACGCCCAAGAUGAUGCCCUGUCUUCACACCGUCUGCGUCUCCUGCAUCAUCGAACUGGUCACUUCCUCCGCCACUACUGCCACCUCUGGCCUCACCUCGGAUCAUAUCUAUGUGGUUAGAUCCCGUGAUGAAAGAGGGAGGUCGGAGGAGGAAGCCGGGCAGCGGGUGGAAGCCCAGCACCACCAGGCCGGCACCCAGCACAUCUACGACGAGCCUCUACAGCAGAGUGCUUCAGGCCACACCAGCUCCGUCGCGUCGACUCCCUCGGUCAUCAAUGGGAACCUCAUGAACGUUCGUGCCAUCGCUGCCUUCGCCAACAUCAUGCAGACAAACAGGUCCCACCCGGCCCUUCGGCGUCUGUCUACCCAAACAGCCUCUACCAGCAUCAUCCCGCGACACCCCCGCGACCCUCUUCCCACCACACCUCCGGAUCCCAAAACCCUACCAUCACCCACAUCCCCUCCCGCCCUCCCAGCACGCAAGGCAGGCUUAGGAGCUCCUCCCGCCCCUGAGAGACCCCAGAAGAGGGCCAGCAACCCGCCGAUAAUGCCCAAGCCUUACACAGUGGCCAAGGAGCCAGAGGUACCUCGUAAUAGGGAAGUUCUCUGUCCACUUUGUCGCAGCCUCGUCAACACCUCACAACUCCAGACUAACAGGUACGUUCUGGCCCACUUGCGGGAUCUGGCACGCCUUCAGGCUCUACAUACUGCCCAACCACCACGACCCACUACCAACCCUACCCGGCCGCCCAUCGCCAACCAUCCCCCACUUCCCACCCCUAGCCAGAAAACGCUACCCACUGCACCUAGCUUCAUAGCGGAGGACUUCUGGUGUAUUUCCUGUGAUGCCCCAUGCCAAGUUGGCUGUGUCGGCCACGAACUGUCACCCAUCAAGCAGUGGGUUGGGACUCUGGAGACCUCGCUGGCCGACCUGCAGCGGAGGGCAGAGCAGCACCUCAACGCCUAUUCCACCGACCUCGACCAAACCGACGCCGAUGUCAAAAUCAUCUUUCAAAGCCUCAGCAAGGCCACCAAGCACUUAUGGAAAUCCCGGCAGCUGGUGCAGGAGGUGCGUGGCGAGCUGAGAGGUCUGGCCCAGCGCCCGACUACCCAGGACCCCACACAACAUGCUCUGGCACUCUCCACAAAGAUAUCAGAGGUGCGCGCCCUGGAUGAGCGCGUGGGGGCCAUGGAGAUAGGGGUGGAGAGCAGCGAAGUGUACAUCUAUCGUCAGAACAACAAGCUGUAUUUGUCCACCUGUCAGCCAGACAGAACCAUCAUCAUCACCGUCAGCGAGGGACAGGGUCAGCCACAAAUCUAGUCAAGAUGACUCCCUUAUACCUUGUCCACGCAACCCUUCCCUCUCCUAUUGUACCGACAUUCUGUUAUUUUUGCGUGUACACAACGUACUACAAAAACUACUGUGACGAGAAAAUGGAUGUUAGUGCAGUCUUUCUAGGGAAGAUGGGAUGCCAGGCAUAUAAAACAAACAAAAAAAGCAAAAAAAAAAAGGAAACAAAAAAGUUAGACUGCAAGUUGAAUCUUCACCUUGAGGUAACUGUAGGAUAAGACAGAGAACAAAAAUUUAAAAAUACUCAAGAAUGACGUUAAACAAAUUACAACAAAAUAUUAUCCAAGCUUGGCUUGAUACAGAGUGCAAAUUAAACAAGACAAACAAACAAAGC